UGUAUCCCAAUCUAGUGGAAAUGAAUCCUACACAAGUUGAAACCCUGAGAUUUCUUGUUGACCAAAAGCGCCCCGAAAUUCGUUUUUAUGUGUGCACUAUAAAGAGUGCAAGUACCGUGGAAGGCAGUUCCAGAAUGUACUUCAACCGGAAGUUUACCAAGCAGUACAUCUCGAAGAAUAUGCACCUUCCAGAUAAUGACUUUCAAGUCUCUUACGAUGAGAGACAUUGUGUGAAAGUGAGGAUUUUCCAGGGCAAAGGGAGGGUUGACGGUGCAGUGAUCACAACUAACUGGAAAGCUGUGGUGCAGAAGAGCGAGAUGAAGGAAAAUGAUAUCUUUGUGUUUUGGUUCCGCAUUCGCGCCCGGGGCGGUCUCAUGUUGCAUGUCAGGAAGCUCGAGAAAUGAGCUAGCAGGCUGAACCUCUCUAAUUAAGCUAGUAGUACUAUAUAUAUGUGUGUAUGAGCUCAAGUAAUAUGAGCGUUGAAACUCUUAUCGAUCUGGUACUAUCUAAUGGCCUGUUGGUCUAUGUAAUGUGCUCAAGUAAAUGAGCGUUGAAGGACCCAGAGACUUCCAAUACGCAUCCUCAUGCGUCUUCUCUUGACAAAGAAGAUGGCUGGGAGUUUGCGU